AUGUCCACGCCAGAGCGCUACGACAUCCGCGAGGAGCGCCGCUCUCGCAAGCAGCUGAGCUGUGCUGUGCCAUGCGCCAACUGCGUGCGGCGCGAGUGCACAGACCUCUGUCCGAACAGUGUGCGAGUGAAGAAGCAGACGCAGCGCGACGACAUCGGCGAGGUGCGCGAGCGGCUGGCUGCGAUCGAGGGGCUGCUUGCGGCGAUCCCGGGAUUGCGGCGCGCGAUGAGCGUGAGCCGCGCGAGGCGCGCGUUCGGGAAGACGAGAGACGCUCCAGCUCCCCCGCGCCACGACACCGCUCUCCCCAUCGCCCGUAUACGUACGGCUCAACAAGUCACCCCCGCUCCCCUCGCCGACCUUCUCGAGAAGAACCACGAGGAAUCGACUGCCUCCCUCCCAACUCCUUCACACCCGACCCCAUCGCACGCUUCAAACCCCUCAAUACCCGCCUUUGAGUACCGAUAUGAGCCCAAUCCUCCGCCGCAAGACGAGAGCUACGGAACACUGGUGAUCGACCGUUCGGGACGGAGCAAGUGGCUCGGCCCAACAGCUGGCACCGAGUGGCUGCGCAACUCUGAGGUCGGGCCACGUCGGAGUCGCUCCCCCUCCCCGCCUCCCGCCGAGCGCGCUGAUGAGGACUGGUUCGGCGCCGAUUCGCUCUUCCCCUUUCCGCCGUGGGGCCCGGCGCCAACCAUGACCACGAUCCUCCUACAUCUCCCUCCUGUGGCGCAAGCGCGCGUCCUUCUCAACGCCUACUACGGCAACUAUACAUGGAACCAUGACGUCGCGCCGCGCACAGGCGUGCAGCCAAUCUUCGAGCGCGCGUACGGCCUUGACGCCGAGAGCGAUGCCAAAGUCCACCCCCAGCAGCUGGCCCUUCUGUUUAUCAUUCUCGCCAUGGGUGCGCUGCAUAACCCCGCGCUCCCGCCGCACGAUCCCGGCGCGGAGCACCACCUCGCGGCCGCGCGCUGGUGUCUCGUCAAAGGCGACUUUAUAGGGCACAACACGAUCGCUGGGCUGCAAGCACUCGUGAUCAUGGCGCACUAUGCGCUGGAAACUGAGAAGGGGCGGAAUGGGGACAGCGCCUGGCCGCUCUGGGGUCUGGCGAUGCGCCUCGUUACCGCGAUGGGGCUUCACAUCGACGGGCGCCGCUGGAAUUUACCGCCCGACGUAGCCGAAGAGCGACGGCACGUUUUCUGGGAAUGCCACACCAUCGACGUGUUCCAAGCCAACUGCUUCUCGCGCCCCUCCUCGCUACGCCCGGAACACAUUGACACGGCCUUCCCGGGAUCCGGCGAUCGCGACUUUCGCACGCUCAAAUUCGAGCUGUGCCGCAUCUCUGGCGCCGUUCUCGACCAGGCCAUGGACGUGCGCCCGACGCCCUACGCCUCCAUCGAUGCCCUCUACGACCGCUUGUGCGCCUUCGAGCGCCAUAUCCCGUUCGGGAUGCGCUGCCGAACCGCCCUCCUCGCCCUGCCAUCCGUGUACGCGGACGCCGAGAGCGCGACGCGCGACUCGCCGCCCGUGAGCGCAAACCUUGCACGCACGUUUCAGCAGUUUACGCUCGCGCUCAAUGUAUCCGAGGCCAUCCUCUUCCUCCAGCGCCCCUACUUUGUGCGCGCGCUCCAAGAGGCGCCGCAAGACCCGACGCGUAGCGCGCAUGCGAAGAGCUACCUUGCCGUUGUGGAGCGCUGCAACGUGCUCAUCGAGGUCGUCGCGGGCCUGUACGAGCUUUACCCGACGGUCACAGCGCGCCACUGGUUUUUCUGGUACCACCUGUUCACGGCCGCCGUGUGUCUCGGCACCAUGAUAAUCUUGAAUCCGACGAACCCGCUCGCAGGCCUCGUGCUCGGCCAAAUCGACCACAGCAUCAAGCUCUACUCCUCCGUGCUGCGCGACCACGCGACGCCCUCGCUCCUGCAGAACCACCAGUGGCUGCUGCGCCUGCGCGCGCGCGCGCUCAGCAAGGUGGAGCACGCGCCGCCGCCGCCCGGCGACGAGGGCGAUGUCGACGUCGAGCUGCUGGGCUGGCGCACGCGGCUGGUGGAGCGCGCGCGCGGGCAGCGGCGCGCAACGACGAUCCGGCGCGACGGCGACGACAGCCCCGCGACGGCGUCGCUCGGCGCGUCCCCCGCCCCCAUGCACAUGCCGGACGCUAUGCCUGGGCCGGCGCCGACGAUCGACCAGGUUCUGCAGCAGCACUUUGUCGACGCGCCGCAGCGGACGCAGGACCCCGCGACAGACCUGCUCCUCCACCAGUUCUGGGACCCCACGACACUGCUCGAAAGCCGCGAGGGCGCGGGCGGUGCCAGCAACUGGUGGACGGCGUGGGAUCUGGGCCUGCCGGAUCUGCAGAACUCGAUGUGA